GUGCUGACUUGACGCUGAGGGGGUGAUUCUGACGUGCUGAGUGAGUGAUUCUGAGUGCUGACUUGACGCUGAGGGGGUGAUUCUGACGUGCUGAGUGAGUGAUUCUGAGUGCUGCCUGGACGUGCUGAGGGGGUGAUUCUGACGUGCUGAGUGGCCCUCCUGAAGAUGUUUUCCUCUCGAAGAAGGCGAGAAGGUGGCUUCGGGCUGCUGCUUUUGGCGCAUCAGCUGCAUAACGUUGGCCUGGAGAAUGUGGGGCCGGUCACUCUGCUCACCAUACUGGGCCAGACUCUGCUGUUUAUGGGCAUCAUCAAUGCCCCUUGGAAUAAGUAUGAUGUCUGUAUCAGCGGACAGGCAAUUCUCCACCACAGGAAGUAUAAACAUCUCUUCCUGUCAGCCAUAGAACACGCCGACGACAUGCACCUCUACUACAACAUGGUGUCCUUCCUCAUCAAGGGAAGGACCUUAGAGCAGAGAUUUGGCUCAGUAAAAUUCAUUAUCCUUCUAGUGGUUUUCACUUUAUCAACAAGUCUGACUUAUGUUGGACUUUCUUGGUUAGCAGCAGAAUUCUUUGAAGAUUAUUCAUACAUGAAAACCUGUGCUAUUGGAUUUUCAGGUGUGAUUUUUGCCUUGAAGGUGUUAACCACGCAUUAUGAAAGGAGAGCAAACAGACAAGUAUAUGGGAUCUACGUGCCAUCUGGCUAUGCAGUGUGGGUUGAGCUUGUGAUAAUCCACCUCCUUGUCCCCAAUGCAUCCUUCGUUGGACACUUGGCAGGCAUACUGGUUGGUCUUGCAUAUAUUCAUGGGCCCCUGAGUUCCCUCAUUGAUGCCAUGUGGUGCACUGUGAGCGAUCGUCCCUACAGGCAGUCCUAUACCUAUGCUCACGGCACAACAAGAGGCUACACCCUGCAUUGAAUCUUGCCGACCAGGUAAAGGAGCUAAGGAAUUUGAAGACAUAAAUGGUACCUGAGGCAUUGUAUUCCAUUAUGGAAAGACCUUGAGUUAUUAGAAUUAAGAAUAAUGUUAGCUCUUUAAAAAAUGUAAUUAUGAUCUCAAAAUUUUCUAUGUUCAAAGUUUAGUUUUGCUGGCUGUGUUUAGGACCAGCUUCCUGAUACAGGUAACUCUCAAUUUACGCGAGUAUUGUAUCCUUGAAGAGGUUGAGUAAAUCAAACAAGAGGUAGGUUUGUAUCGAAAAAUAAUUCAGUGGAGAGAGAGAGAGAGAGAGAGAGAAAUAUCCAUAUCACCGAGAUAUCCACUCAGGCACUCAGUCUCAGCCUCACUCGUGUGAGGAAGAAAUGAGGGACACCAUGAGCGACUGGCUAGUACUGGUACCGGUACCGUAACGUAUAGCUGGUACCGUUAGUACCGGUACCUGUCCACCCCUAUUGUUGAGUAGCGUGGCAGGCUGGGUACUGUAUUGUUGUUCAAGUGGCGUGCGGGAAGAACUGAGCUUAGUUGUGUGGCUGCAGCGCCGUGUGAGUCCUGUUGCAUGAGACAUCUGGUGGCCACUCCAUAAAAUAUCACAUAUAAGUGAAAAAAUGUGUAAAUUAAGCAUUUAUUUGGGUUUUGGACCCCGCGUUAUUUCAAAAAUGCGUAAACCAAACUCGCGUAAAUCGAGUUACCUUUAUUCUCAUGCCCACAUUUGUGAAGUUUAACCCCUUCAACACGAGGAUGCGUAUACUGGAUCCUUGCAUACCCCGUACCAUAUCUGAGGACGCACAUAUUGCGUCCUGGCUCGCUUUUACCUAUAUAUGAGUUAUUUUAUCUAUAUAUUUAUGCUUACAUUUCAAAAUUAUCAUAUAAUUUAUGUUUCUUUAUGUGGACUAUUUAAUUCUGCAUGUUUUCAUAUAUAAUACAUGAUGAUUAUGUUGAGUUUAUGGCUGAAAACUUGUUAUAUUCAAUAGUGACAUUUGAAAUUUGGCACGUGCGGCGAUCUCGGAUAUGGCGCAGGGCACUGUUUUGGCCCGGUCAUAGUGAAGGGGUUAAAACCAUUGGUGUGUGUUGUGUUUACACAUGUUUACCUUCCCUGGGCCCAGUGACUGUGCUGGUUAAAACUGUUGGAGUGUGUUGCGCUUACUCAUGUUUCCCUUCCCUGGGCUCGGUAGCUGUGCUGGUGCUGUGAUGGCUGUGUUGGAGAGUGUCCAUUGUGCCUGUGAUAAUGAUGGCUUGUUCAAUGUCUUCAUGGGAAACUACUGUGUUCAUAGGAGCUCCACACACUGCAGAGUGGCUGCCGGUAAUUUCAUCGCUGCUUUAGUCAUAAGGCGAAUAAGAAAAAAAUGUAAGCUCAGUAUGACUUUUUUAUUUAAAGUAAUCAACAUUAUCACAGACAGAUGCCACAUAACUAUUUUGAUAUAUAAAAUGGGCCACAGUCAUAUUCUAUUACACCAUUGUCUUUUUGUAAGAACCAUUAGAACCAUACUGAUGGAUAAGUGUCUUGGUAUGUUAUAAUAUUAUACUGUGAUAUAAUGCUGACAGAUUUGUGGUGGUGCGGGACUCCUCCUGACACACUGCUUUUUGUAACAGCCGUUAGAACUCUAAUGAUGUACAAAUGUCCAAGCACAUUUUUUUUUACUUAAUAUUACACUGUGAUGUAACACUGACAUAUAGGUAUUCUUGUCCCAAUAUUAGUGUUGAUCCCAAUCAUUUAUUAUAAAAACUUGUACCUGCAUGAGAGUUGUGACACAAACCUAGAUAAUGUUCAGCUCUAAGAGCAUGUUAUAUGCAUCAGCCUGGUGCAAGCCAUAGUAGGCUGACACUUGUGCAGCAGGCCAACCAAUAAGCUAUAUUUCCAUACAUCCUGCAGGCUGAUCCAAGACUGGUGAUAUAGUACAUACGUGCUGCUACUCUCUAUGUCUGUUACGUUCUCUCUGAAGACAACAUUUUGUCAAAAUUUUUGAGUAUAUAGUGCUCCUACUUCA